AUGAUCAGUCUGGUGGCAAGAUCGCCCCAGGCAUCUGGCGACGACCACGCAGGACUGCCGCAGUCCCACACCGACAAGCUUGAGAUCGUCCAAGCUGCGCCGCUGCUCCGCCUCCCACAAGAGCUGUGUGAUCGGAUCGAUGGCUAUGUAUACCUAGAUCGCAAGUCAUCGACGGCAGCCAGGAAAAGAGCGAAACUCCAGUCAUCGUCAUGGGUAUCAUCGACCAGCCUACGCUUCUCACCAACAAUUCAUUUCCGCGAACAUAUCGCUCUCACACAAACGUGCCGCCAACUCCGCACCGAGACCCGCUUCUUGCCGUACAAGCCCUGCGGUUUCGUGGUCAAAGUCGCCACUCCGAUACUUCCCAUUCACCGUCACUGCGUUAGGGCGCAGAAAGAUACAUGGUGCGCCUCACCGGCACUGAUCGCAAUCGCGAAAUACCUUCGAGUCCUCGGAGCAGCCGUGGCAAUGAUGGAUACGCUGCUCGUUGUAGAGGGCGGUCGAUGCGGGAGUACUUACAGUCUCACAAAGAAGAUCAAGGAUGCACGAAAGGUGGUAGAGAUCAAGCUUGAAGGCAGCAAGGUGCAUCUCCUGGGAGUCGGCUGUGCGCUAAUUCAGCAGGUCAUGAGAAUACUAUUUGCUAGCUAUGUGGAGGUAUUCGAGGAGGCUGGCUUUGCGGUAGAGUGGUACUUCGGGUCGGACAUGAUUCUGGAAGAUAUCAAAAUCAGAAGCUGGAUGACAGAGUCGUAG